GAAAGCAAGAGCAGCUGGUAUCUGUUCCUUUUGACUCUGUCCUUCUUGGGUCUGCAGAUAGCAUGGUCUGUAGAGCUCUCAAAUGGCUCACCUUAUCUCCUAAGCCUCGGAGUCUCGAAGAGCCUGCUCGCCUUGGUGUGGAUUGCUGGACCUUUAUCAGGCACAUUGGUCCAACCGUACGUGGGCAUCAAAUCCGACAGAUGCAGGUCACGCUUCGGAAAGAGACGGCCGUUCGUGGUCGGGGGAGCUAUUGCUACCAUCAUUUCACUCAUGACUUUGGCAUGGACGCAAGAGAUCGUUGCAGGCUUUCUGUCGAUAUUUGGGGUCUCCAGAGAAAGCGAAGGGACCAAGACGACGGCAAUCAUACUGGCGGUGCUCAUGGUAUACAUACUGGAUUUCAGUAUCAAUGUCAUCCAGGCUGGUAUCAGAGCAUUUGCAGUUGACAAUGCUCCAGCUCAUCAACAGGACGCGGCGAAUGCCUGGGCAAGUCGAGUCACUGGAGUGGGAAACAUUAUAGGCUACCUCUUCGGAUACACCAAUCUGCCUAGAUAUCUCUGGUUUUUCGGCAAUACGCAAUUCAAAGUCCUGUGUGUCAUUGCGUCUCUAGGUCUCACCAGCACAGUCACGGUUUCCAGCCUUGCCAUCUCGGAACGCGAUCCUCGGUUAGAAGGAAAGCCUGCAGAGCAAGAAGGAGGCGUUCUCGCCUUCUUCAAGACUCUAGGACGUUCCAUGGCACGCUUACCAUACCAGAUCAAGGCUGUUUGCUAUGUGCAACUCGCUGCGUGGAUUGCAUGGUUUCCAUUCCUUUUCUACAUCACAACCUACGUGGGACAGCUUUACGUGGACCCAAUCUUUCGCGACAACCCAAACAUGACUGACAAGGAGAUUGAUGAAGCAUGGGAGCACGGCACUCGAGUGGGCACAUUUGCGCUUCUGGUGUAUGCAAUUGUGUCAUUCAUUGCAAGUGUGGUGUUGCCAUGGUUUGUGGCAAGCUCCUUCAAACCUCCAGAGCCAACGUCCAGGACACCAAUGGCCACAACUCCGAGAACUCCUCGGACGCCAGGGCCAGUAAAUGCGCACGAUGUUAGCUAUUUUGACCUGCGGCGCUCGAGCGUUGGUGCUGCGGCCGGUGCGGUCGACUUUGCUGAUGGCCAGUCUUUGAAGGCGUCGCAAAAGUCGAAUUGGCUUAGACGAAUCGGUGACUAUGGCGCUUGUCUUGAAAUGCCAUGGCUUACACUGAAACGAGCUUGGCUUCUGUCACACCUCAUGUUUGCGGCCCUUACCUGGCUCACCUUCGCCGCCAACAAUACGACCAUAGCCACGAUCCUUGUGGGGCUCAUCGGCAUUCCUUGGGCAAUGACGAUGUGGGCUCCUUUUGCACUGAUCGCUGCCGAAGUCAGCAAGCGGGACAACAUCCGUCGCGGCCUAAUCCGACCACCUCCUACAGUAGAAGGAGAGCUACUCGCAAGAGGCGAAGAUGGCAGUGAUGGUGCCGAUCAGGCUGGUGUCGUGCUCGGUAUUCACAACGUCGCUAUCGCAGCUCCUCAAGUCAUUGCCACGCUGAUAAGUUCGGUGAUUUUCAAGGCACUGCAGAAACCAAGAGGCACACCGGGCGACGACAGUGUUGCAUGGGUGCUGAGAUUUGGUGGUUGUCUUGCCCUCGUGGCGGCAUGGCUGACGCGGCGCGUC